GCCAGUCUCUACUGUUGACCUCGCACUCGCACGACAGCACACGACCUCGGAGCAGAACUACAGCCGAGGACUUCGCCAUCAUGCCUAUGCUCGCGGAUCCCUCGAAAAAGUACAGGAAGUUCAAGCCUUUGGACCUUCCAAACCGACAAUGGCCUACGAAGACCAUCGAUAAAGUCCCGAGAUGGCUGGCGACCGACUUGCGAGACGGCAACCAGUCCCUCGUCGACCCGAUGGACGGCGACCAGAAGUUGAGGUUCUUCCAAAUGCUGGUCAAGCUGGGCUACAAAGAGAUUGAGGUCGCAUUCCCUUCCUCUGGGGCCACCGACUUCGACUUCGUCCGGAAUCUGGUUACUACACCCGGCCUCGUGCCUGACGAUGUGUGGCUGCAAGUUUUGUCGCCAUGCAGAAAAGAGUUGAUAAAACGGACGGUGGAAAGCUUGAAGGGAGCAAAGAAGGCGAUUCUACAUCUCUACCUCGCAACGAGUCCUUGCUUCCAACGAAUUGUCUUUGGUAUGAACAACGAGCAGAGCAAGGCUUUGGCGGUUGAGUGCACAAAAUUCGCACGAUCUAUCACCAAGGAUGAUCCGAACUCAGGCGUGGAAGAGUGGGCAUACGAGUUCUCGCCGGAGACCUUCUCGGACUCAGACCCAGAGUUUGUGAUCGAAGUCUGCGAGGCCGUCAAGGCUGCAUGGGAACCGAGUGUUGAGAACCCGAUCAUCUUCAAUCUGCCCGCUACAGUCGAGAUGAGCACACCGAAUGUCUACGCCGACCAGAUCGAGUACUUUUGCAGGAAUAUCACGGAGCGAGAAAAGAUCUCAGUCUCCCUUCAUCCACACAACGAUAGAGGAUGUGCCGUUGCAGCGGCAGAGCUGGCGCAGAUGGCUGGCGCAGAUCGAGUGGAAGGCACUCUUUUCGGCAAUGGCGAACGGACAGGAAACGUCGAUCUGGUCACUCUUGCUCUGAAUCUGUACACCCAAGGGAUCCAUCCAGGAGUCGACUUCUCGGAUAUCAACAGCGUGAUAGACAUUGUGGAGAAGAGCAACAAGAUUCCCGUCCAUCCUCGUGCUCCUUACGGUGGCCAGCUGGUUGUGUGUGCCUUCUCAGGAUCCCAUCAAGAUGCCAUCAAGAAAGGCUUCAAGGUCAGGGAUCAAAAUAAUGCGGGCCCAGACGAGCCCUGGUCGGUGCCAUAUCUCCCGCUCGACCCACAAGAUAUCGGCCGAACAUACGAAGCAGUCAUUCGUGUCAACAGCCAGUCCGGCAAGGGCGGUGUUGCCUGGAUCAUUCAGCGCACUCUCGAACUCGACCUACCUCGUGGUCUGCAAGUCGCUUUCUCUAAAAUUGUCCAGCGCGAGACUGAUAUGCUUGGACGCGAACUUCAAUCGAACGAGAUCAAGGAGCUCUUCGUGGACGCAUACCAUCUCAACAGAAACCCGCGCUUCUCUCUGGUCGACUACGAGAUCAGCACCGACCGGACGGUUGAGGCACCACCGGUAGCUGGCGGUAAGACGAGCUCGAAUAGGAAUCUGGGUCGUAAAUUCAAAGGAGUGAUCGAAAUCGAUGGCAAAGAGCAUCAUGUGGAGGGUGCCGGUAACGGAGCUUUGUCCGCCCUCGCAAAUGCGCUGAAGAGCUUGGGCAUCGAUCUCGAUGUUGUGGACUACAAGGAGCACUCGAUCGCUCGCCAGGCAGGCAAAGGCCGUGACACGCAAGCCGCAACGUACAUAGAAUGUACGGCUGCCGGCUCGCAGCAGAAGGUCUGGGGUGUCGGUAUCCACGAGGAUGUCGUCCAGUCCUCGUUGUUUGCUCUGCUUGGCGCUGCUUCUUCGUUCCUGUCUUCAAGACCAUCCACACCAAACCCAUACCGGCCACAGUCGCAGAGUAUUGCGCCGGAUCUCAGUCGUGAAAAGGAGGCCCUGAGUCAUACACACAAGUCGGUUCCUGAUUCGGAAAGCAGCAUUGCUGCUAACCUGGAGACGAAGGUCAAUGGUGACGCGCAGACCAAUGGUCAUUAA